AAAAAAUUUGGGGCUUCAGUUCUGAUAGCGACAAGUUCUUUUGCGAUAACAGCAAAACCGGGGACAAUCAGCAACCAUGGGCUCAGGAAGAGGCACGUCGGGGCCUUCACUGUCCCUAAAAACCUCCAACAAGCUCAAGCGUCAACAACUAUACAUCCAACAAAAGAAAGCGACCGGUAAAGCCCGUCACGAGGAGCGGCACCGAAGGCGCAAAGAGGAGGCCAAGAACCCGGAACUUAGAAGGCAGCGGCUCGAGCGAAACCAGCCCGCGAGCAUCGACAAGAAGAGGAUAUGGGAUGACGUUGACGACGAUAGUCUCGGUGCUGUGGUGGAUGUGGCCCAAUUGAAGCGGCGGCGCUUGGAAGAGGCCGAGGCAGCGGCGGCGGCAGAGGCGGACGGUGCUCAGAAGAAUACCGAGGAGAAAGAUGACGACGAUGUCGACAGCAUGCUUGGGUCUGACGACGACGAGGAGGGGGGAGGAGGGAGCGGGGAUGACGAGGAACGCAUGGAGAAGUUACAAAGAGAGCGGUCACGAAGGCAACCCAGCAUCGCGCCCUCGACAGUGUCUACAAACCUCGACAUCACUCCGGACUCUCUGGCCGCUCAGUUCAAAAACUUGUUCAACGACGAGCCGCCGGUGAUGCCGAAGAUUCUUGUCACAACGGGUCUCAAUGGGACUAUCCAUAAGGAGGCGCAGGAGAUAGCCUCUGUUUUCCCGAAUGCGACAUACAUCCCGCGGAGUGCUCACCGCUACUCUUACAAGUACAGCGUCAGGGAGAUUGCAAAGUUUGCUAAGAACCGCGGAUACACGGCGCUGCUGGUAGUCCAGGAGGAUCUGAAACGGCCAAGCCAACUCAGCGUGUGCCACUUGAAUGGCGAGGGUGUGCCACCUGGCCCGACCCUCACCUACACUAUUCGAAACUACCAGCCAGGGAAGGCGAUUGUCGGGCACGGCAAUCCAACGAACCACUAUCCCGAGCUGCUUCUUAACGGCUUCAAGACUCCGCUGGGUCUGUUGGCGGCAAAGUCUAUGAACACCUUGUUCCCCCCGAAACCUGAGUUGGCGGGUCGCCAGGUGGUGACCUUGCACAAUCAGCGCGACUACAUCUUCUUCCGCCGCCACCGAUAUGUUUUCCGGGAGGCACGGCCGACGGAGAAGAAUGUACAGGGUGCUGACGGCAAGGAUCUGGAGGGCGUCAAGGGAAUUCGUGCCGGACUGCAGGAGAUCGGACCGAGAAUGACCCUAAAACUUCGCAGGGUCGACAAAGGCGUCGGAAGGGCAGGGAGCGAAGGCGAGGAUGCGCUGAAAUGGGAAUGGAAGGCCAAAAUGGAGAAGAAGCGGACCCGUUUCAACCUGUAAGGAUAGCAGAACGUGAUACCCAGAUGGUUCGUAGGGCGCAGCCAUUGCCAUGAGGGCUGGGUCCACCGCGGCCUUCCCAUUCAACACGGUUCGACGAAGAUUAUCCUCUGGGCUCGUUUGAUGAUGGAUUGUUGAUGUUGCCCGCCCCGUGUGGGGUUGAUCUCUGCCGAUUGCCAACUCUGAUUAUCACGCAUUAUCGCAGACUACGAAGUGAAUCUGCCACGAUCCUAUCCUUGAUCAGUUAUCUCCCCUUCCGCACCGCUGUUUUCUUUUCAUUUUCCCUCAACAUGAUGACGGAGUA